CAGUGUAUCCAGAGAGUGCCACGGUCCAGGUCUGGAAAGCACAGGUCUGAUCAAAAUGCAAGACUUCUAUCAAUUCCUUUUCAAAUGCCUGUUCGUGCUGGUGGCGGCCUCUGUGGUGGUCUCGGCAGCCCCGCGCCUCAUCGACGACCCCUUAGAAGACCCCAACCAGUUGUCGGAGAUCGAGAGAAGCCAGCUGGGGCCGGGCCUGAGAAAUUGGCAAAACAUGGAGCUGCUGGCCCAAAAACUGGCCUUGGCCGAGCUGCAGAACAGCAAUCAAUUUCAGUUAAGACGGCAGGAUUUUGAUGCGCCAAACGGCUUUCUUCCGGAGGCUCUCCGGCGAUCGACGAGAGGCGGCAGCAAGAGCGACGGGGGCGGCAAACGCGGCAGCCGGUGCUACUUCAACGCCGUCAGUUGCUGGGGCAAAAAGUAAUGUUUUUGUUUUUCGGAAAGAAUCUCCGAUCCUUCGGCCAUUUUCCUCGUUUAAACUGUAAAUUAUGUUUGGAUCUGUAAUGUAAUAAAGCAAAUAUACUAUGUAAUGAAGUUAUUCAAUUAUUUUCUUGAAGUUUGGAUUUUAUGAUUGUGUUAAUUGGAAAUAAAAAUUGAAUAA